GCCGCUCGGCUGAGUCGGGACCGGCGGGCGCGACCUGCGCACGGCACCGGCCGGGCCGAGCCGAACCGAGCCGAGCCGAGCCGAGCCGAGCCGAGCCGAGCCGAACCGAGCCCAACCAUCCCUGGCGAACCGAACAGAGCCGAACCCAUCCCUAUCGCACCGAGGCCGUUGCUACCGCACCGAGUCCAUCUCUGCAGCACCACACCGAGUCCAUCCCUACGGCACCGAGUCCAUCCCUACGGCACUGAGCCCAUCCUUACGGCACCGCACCGAGCCGUGCCCUACGGCACCGCACCGCGUCCUACGACACCGCACCGCGGUACCGCACCGAACCCAUCCCUACAGCACCGCACCGUGCCCUGCGGCACCGCACGGCGUCCCAAGGCUCCGCACGGCGCCCUAAGGCAUUGCACCCUCCGGCGCCGCACCGCUGCCCACGGCCCCGCGCCCUCGCUGCCCGCAGCACCCGCACCCGGCGGGACCAUGAUGUCGUGUGCCGAGCUGCUGGCCGUGUGCCUGCUCUCAGCAGAUCGCGGCCCCAAGCCCCACCGCCAGCCGCUGCCCAUCUUUCACGACAUUUUCCGGCGAGCCGACAAGAACGAUGAUGGGAAGCUGUCGUUUGAGGAGUUCAAGAACUACUUUGCUGAUGGCAUCCUGAGCUCGGAGGAGCUGUGGGAGUUGUUCAGCGGCAUUGACAGGCGUCACUCAGAUAACGUGGACACGGAGAAGUUGUGUGAUUAUUUCUCGGCGUACCUGGGGGAAUACAGGAACGUGCUCUCCGCCCUGGAAACCCUCAACGCUGCGGUGCUGGCAGCCAUGGACAAAACCAAGCUGAGGUACGAGACCUCCUCGAAGAUGGAGCAGUUCCUGACCCGGUUCCUGCUGCGGGAAACCAUGCACCAGCUGCAGUCCCUGCAGGCGUCCCUCGAGUGCGCCGUGGACACCGUGGAGGAGCAGGCGGGCCGGGAGAGAAAGGACAUCAAGAAAUCGGAGACUUUGGUUGGCCUGAGGUCAGGGAGGCGGUGUGGGCGCAGGGGACAGAAGAACGUCUGCCUGUCCCCAACAGACCCCUAUUCUGGGAUGCUGACAACAGGGGUUUGUGUCGAGGACAACAGCCAGUGGAUGGCUCAGAUCAACAGGCUCCAGCAGCUCAUCGAGAAGCUGGAGUGCAAGAGCCCACGCCUGGAGCCGCUGAAGGACGAAGCCAUGUGCAAAGGCCAGGAUGCACACAUCCUGGUGGCCAAGAGGCAGAUCUCGGUGGCCACGAGCAGCAUCGAGGAGUUCCGGCAGGCGUUCCGCUCCUACACCGAGGGCACGGCCGGGCACAGCAGCUGCCUGCAUGUCUCUGCCUGCAAGCUGACGGACGAGGCCUGCUUCAUCCUGUACGAGUUCUGGCAGGAUGUGACCUCGUGGAGAAGCCACUUGCAGUCCAGCUGCAGCAAGACUUUCCAGCAGUCCAUCCUCAGCUUGCUGGAGUCCCCGGAGCUGCUGACCACCAUGCUCUUCCCAGCUUCCUGGUGGAUCAUGAACAACAACUGACCCGGGGCAGCCGUCUCCAGGACACCAUCAGCAUGCGGGAGGACGUGGAGCCCUGGGCACAGCCAUCACUUUUGUCACCUCCCUGUCCCUCCUUCCCUCCUGUGGCCUGUGGGGGCUGCCUGCCCUCGGCCCUGCCAGUGUUUUGCUCCUUUGCUCUUUUCAUGUUAAUUUAUUUAUUUAUCCUGCUCCUAAGACAGUGUCUGAGCUGCCUGGGGGAGCUGUGUGGGGGUGGCAGCCUGGCCUUUGGGGGAGCACUGGGCUGGUGCUGCAGCCCAGGAGCCCUCAGUCCCUCUUGCACUCCAGCUCCUCUUCCUCCUGGCUCCCAGGCUCCACAGGGUGCUGGGAUGGGCAGGGGGACAGGGCUCUGGCCAGCUCUGACAUCCUGCCCAGGAGCCAGGUGGCUUGAUAUGGAUUGUGAAGAGUGUUUUAUAGGGAAAAAAAUAUUUCAUCAAGUA